AUGAAAACUUUCGCUUAUUCAAACACAUUUUUAAUUUUAUUAUCAUCUGUGACAUUAAUAAACAGUGAUUUCGAACCAAAACAGUAUUCACAAUAUCUAAGGGAUUGUCCAAGAUGCAAGUUCAGAUUUCUUCAAAAUGAAGAAUGCAAACAAAUUUGCAUAAAAAAUUACAGUGCGAAUGAUUCUGAUCAGCAAAAACUAUUAAAACGUUUAAUGAAAGGCAGUAAACUAAAUUAUCAACAACAUUGGACUGUUGAUAAUAUGCCAGUAACAUUCUGCUAUAAAGACGAUCGGAUAGAUAGUGAAAAUUGUUCAUAUGGUUUUCCAAUCGGUAAUUAUAUAACAAAAAGUGAUCUAGCAAAACAUUUAUGUUAUGGUAAUUGCGAUAUAUACUAUGUUGGUAAUCAUUGA